AUGGAUGCACAGCUUGCAGCACAUGGUGGCGAUUCUGUAAAACAGAGUGUGAAAACUGAGUGUCACGUCCACCUGGUAAAACCAGGUGUCAGACAACACGACAACCAGCCUGAGACGUCCUCCAUCUUAAGGUUUCUCCUCUGUUGUGAUUGUCGAGACUCCUACAUCAAGCCUCCUAUCAAUCCUCCCACUCAGGUGUUCCUCAUAAACGAGAAGGGGAAGUCGAGCACCUACGAUAUCAAACCCAACGAGACGGUGAACGACUUCAAGCGGAGUGUAGAGCAGAGGGAGGGGGUACCGGUGAGCCAGCAGAGGUUCAUUCACGAAGGCAAGGACAUGACAACUGGAAAACUGUCAGACUACAACGUGAGGACGCACAGCACCAUCUACCUGACCCUCCGACUGAGAGGAGGCUGAGGACAUACUGGACG